AUGAAAACAAUCUGGUGGAUCGGUGACCCCAUUAUGAAUGUGAUGGUACUGGGCUAUUGCUUCUGCUUGGCGCAAGGACUUCUACACACUACGAAGGGCUUUGCCUCAGGAAAGGUUCCUGGCCAAGGUAAAGUUCCCCCGCAUAUUGUUUUUGUGAUGGUGGAUGACCAAGGCUACAAUGACAUUGGGUACCAUGGCUCAGAGAUCCACACGCCUGUAUUGGACCAGCUGGCUGGAGAGGGGGUGAAGCUGGAAAACUACUACGUUCAGCCCAUCUGUUCCCCGUCACGCAGCCAGCUUAUGACUGGACGGUAUCAGAUUCACACUGGCCUUCAACACUCGAUCAUCCGUGCACGCCAGCCCCUCUGCCUGCCGCCCGACACACCAACACUCCCUGAAAGGCUACAGCAGGCUGGCUACAGCACCCAUAUGGUAGGGAAGUGGCAUCUGGGUUUCUGCCGGCUUGAGUGUCUGCCAACAAGUCGUGGCUUUCAAAGCUUCCUCGGCUCACUGACGGGCAGCGGUGACCAUUUUAACUUCCAGAGCUGUGACGGUGCAGAGGCCUGUGGGUUCGACCUGCAUGAUGGACACCGGCCUGCCUGGGAGCUGAGUGGGAAUUACUCAACAAGGGUUUACACAGAGAGAGUGAAAGACAUACUGAGAAGUCAUGAUCGACGGAAGCCCCUGUUUCUGUAUGUAGCCCUCCAGGCUGUGCACACACCAUUACAGGCUCCUGCCUAUCUCCUCAGACGCUACCAGGCCCUUGGUAAUAGACCCCGGCGCCACUAUGCUGCUAUGGUAAGCGGCGUAGACGAGUCAGUAGGAGAGAUUGUCAGUGAGCUGCGAGAACGAGGAUAUUAUGACAACUCUGUACUCAUCUACUCUUCAGACAACGGGGGCCAACCACUUUCAGGGGGCUGUAAUUGGCCCCUGCGUGGAGGCAAAGGCUCCUACUGGGAGGGUGGAGUUCGUGCAGUUGGUUUUGUACACAGCCCACUUUUGAAAAGGAAGGGAGUGGUGAGUCAGGCUCUGAUUCAUGUCUCAGAUUGGUACCCAACCCUGCUGUCUCUUGCAGGGUUCCCAGAGCCUGAUUCCAGGCACCUGGAUGGCCACGAUGUUUGGGGGGCCAUAAGUAGAGGCCUGCCCUGUCUGCGAACUGAAAUCCUCUUCAACAUUGACCCAGUGUCCAAAAGGCAUGAAGAAGUUGACCCCAGGCUACUAACUCUCAAUGGCUUUGGGAUCUGGGAUACAGGAGUGCGUGCAGCCAUCCGAGCUGGUGACUGGAAACUUUUGACCGGAAAUGUAGGCGACGGUGACUGGUUCCCUCCACAGACGAUGCCGGGAGGUCCACAGCAGUGGCAAGACAUGGAAAAGAGACGAGACCAGCGAGGGAAGUCUGUCUGGCUUUUCAAUGUCACUGCUGAUCCCUAUGAGAGGGCAGAUUUGGCUGAGGCACGGCCUGAGGUCGUCAAGCUGUUGUUGACCAGACUCGCUGAGUACAACCAGACUACUGUGCCUCCACGCAAUCCACCUGACGAUCCUAUGGCACACCCGCAACUACAUGGAGGGGUCUGGGCUCCCUGGCUAGGUCAGGAAGUGACAGGAGAUGAACAAGAUGAUGAGGAUUCAGACAGCGGCAGCAGAAAAGGCAGAUACAAGAGUACCUGUAGAGUCUGCAAGCUCAGAUCCUUGUUCAAAAAGGUCCGUAGCCGUAUGCAAAGGGCUGCUUUGUUCUUGUAG